AUGGCAUUACAAGCACCAUCUUCAAAACUGACAAGGCCAUGCCCGUCGAAUUUGCUGAAACCACCGUCAUUAAGCAAAUCGUUUAUGCAGUUUUCCGAUAAUGACUGCCUUAGAACACCAACAAUGAGCGAUAUGCUAAAGACACCGACAGUGCUGUCGUCGCCAAAGGUCACACCAAUUGCAUUAGACGGAACACCAAAAAUUGCCGGAUUCUCUGGAUUCACACCGCAGAAUAAUCAAACCUUUUUUGGAGAGCAUGAUUCCCUAUUAAACAGCCACUUGGAUUACCUUCAAGGUACUAUGAAUGACAACUCAUCAUCGUCAUCAUCAGCAUCUUCAAACGCAUCCGACACAGCGCCAACAUCGGUUGAGAACAUGCAAAAUGGUGGAGAGCCACCAAAAAUGAUGAAAAAUAAACCGGAAUCGUUAACAUUGAAGCCAAAUCCAGUGAAUUUGAUGAACGGUGUGAACUCCCCAGGCUUAUCAGCUUCAAUGUUCCAAUUCUCACCUAUGGUUGAACAUUUCUUACAAAAACUGGCUAAAGGUGGAUCAUCCUGUGGACUUCCUGACCUGACAGUAGAUCCAAAGCCGCCUACGUUUGAUAAUGACCCGACAGAUUUACUGCCUGUCGACGACGAAAAAAAAGAUGAUAUUAUUCUGUUGGAGGAGAAAAAGCCAAAUUCCAUGUUCACUCGUCCAAUUGUUGCGCAACAGAAUGGAAUUGGAAUGAGGAAUUCUCCACCAAAUAUGAACAUGAGGCUCAGUCAUCCCCCUCAUCGUAUGCCACCGAAUCAUAUAGACAUCCCCAAUAAUGUGCCCGUCCCUGUGCCACUUCCUGUCCCAAUUACGCAACAAAACACAAGCGGAUAUAACUCAGGAAACGGCUUCGCGGAUAUUAGCCAUUCAUUCCAAGAUUCAAACAUUUUUGAGCCGAAACCGGAGCCUGUUGACGACUACACAUUCAACCAAAGAUUGUACGUUGGAAAGAAUAUCCGAAACGGUACCGACGACGGGAAAAUUGACUACUACGACGAGACAGCGGACUAUCAUAAUUUUGAUUUUCAAUCAACCUCACACGAUAUGAAGUCAGCAUCAACGCAAAAAUUAAAUCAACCCUUACAAGAGAGACCAUAUAAAUGUCCGCGAGAUGAUUGCGACCGUAGAUUUUCGCGCAGCGACGAGCUAACUAGGCACAUUCGUAUACACACUGGACAGAAGCCUUUCCAGUGCCGCAUUUGUAUGCGUGCAUUUUCACGCUCGGACCAUCUGACAACUCAUGUCCGAACACACACAGGAGAAAAGCCAUUCUCGUGCGAAAUUUGUGGACGAAAGUUUGCUCGAAGUGACGAGCGAAAAAGACAUACGAAAGUUCACAAGGCAGCGGGCCAUGGAAAGAUGAAAGCCCGACGACACGGACCCUACGACAUGUGA